ACGACGCCAUGACAGGUCACGUGAUGUAAAUUUUCGUCGGACAUGCGCGUAUCACUGAAUUUUUCAAGUGAUUUUGAAAACGGUGGGACUAUUUUUCCGUGUAAAAAUUAUACGUGAUUGUUUAUUGUGUUGCUGUUUCUCUAUUAUAUACAUUAAUAUACAUUGUUGGCUUGCAAAUUAUGGGUGUAAUGUGUUGAUUUGUGGAAGGAAGUUAUUGUUUCUAAAGGUCGGAUCCAAAUGGUAAUGCAAAAUUUACAGAUCUUAUUUAAAGAAGAAAAUGUGACGCGAUGUGCCUCGAGUGUCUGUGAUCCAAGUGUCUAGUGUCUAGUGUAUAGUGCGUAGUGUCAGCGUCUGGACAAGUUACAUUGAAAUGUCAUUGUAUGAGGAACGAUAUAUCUAUGUAUCACCGGUGAUUGUAUUUUGAAAUUUUUAACGAUGGCCCACUACCCCCAGCCUGCGUCGCUAGAAGCGGCCCUCCCCCUGCUCAGCCGGCCCGACCUCCGUCUCCGUCAGCAGCUGGGCGAGCAGCUCGUGGCCCUCGUCCGCCGCGAACCAGAAAUAACCAAUGAUCUGGCCGCCCAACUCAUCGAUGCUCUUAUCGCUUGGCUUAAUGGAGGAAACUUUAAGGUGGCCCAAAACGGGCUUGAAGUAUUGACAGUGUUAACGGAACGACUCGGCCAAGACUUCUCACACUUCGUGCCUACCGUCUUGCCACAUAUCAUUGACAGGCUAGCGGACACGAAGGAGUGCGUGCGACAGGCGGCCCGCGCGUGCGUCGCGGCGCUGGGGGAGAGCCGAGCGGUGCCCCCCCGCGCGCUGCUGGCCCGCCUCACCCCCGCGCUCUCCCACAAGGCGCCGCACGCCCGCGAGGACGCGCUGCGCUGCAUACACACCCUGCUGCACACACACGGCGCCGUGGAGCUACAGCUGCGCGCUGCCGUCCCCAACAUCGCGGCGCUGGCGGCCGACCCCAGCGCGGCCGUGCGCGACGCCGCCGUGCAGCUGCUGGCCGACAUGUACCGACACGUCGGCGAAAGAUUAAGACAGGAUUUGAAGAAGAAAGAAUUACUGCCGGCGCAGAAGUUGGCUCUGCUAGAACAGAAGUUCGACGAGACGAGAGAGGCUGGGCUCCUACUGCCUUCAGCCGUGCCGGGCACGGACGAGACGGACGCGUGCCGCAGCCGCCGCGCCGCCACCGCGCCCUCCACCGCGCCAGACUCCGGCGCCUCCACGCCAGCAUGCGAACCCCCAAAGAGGACAGUUCCGAGGUUGUACAACCUCCCCUCCGCUAACAGGAAGCCACCCCCUCCGGCCAAACUCAAUAGCGCCACCAGUGUGUCGUCAGGCGGCGGGGGAGGUGGCGGGGGAGGCGGCGGCGCGGCGGGGGAGGCGGGGGCGGUCUCCACGUCUGCGUUCGAGGCGGCCUUCAGUGCGGCGCCGCCCCUCGCCGUGUAUGGAGUGCGCGGGCUGGACGACACCGUGCGCCUCGCCGCCGCGCUGCUGGGCGACCGCGCCGCCGACUGGGAGAAGCGCGUCGACGCGUUAAAGAAGAUCCGCGCUCUGCUCACCGCCAACGUCCACCAGCAGUACCCCGUGGAGUUCGCUGCACAUCUCAAGGAUCUGUCCAUUCCAUUUCUUGUUGUCAUCAAGGACUUGAGGAGUCAGGUGGUGCGCGAAGCCUGCAUCACGAUAGCCCACAUGGCGAAAGUGCUCAAGAAUAAAAUGGAACAGUUCAGUUUGUACAUACUCCAGGAGCUGAUCAACCUCAUACAGAACGCCGCUAAGGUGGUGUCGUCGGCGGGCACCGUGUGCGUGCAGUACAUAGUAUCGUUUGUACACUCACCGAGGCUCAUCCCGGUCUUGCUCACCAAUUUAACUUCAAAUAAAUCCAAGGAAAUACGUUCUACACUCAGUGAAGUACUAGUCAUGAUACUGGAGAAGUGGCCGGCUCAGACCAUAGAGAAGCAGCAGCAAAAUAUCCGAGACGCCAUCCGCGUCGCCUGCGUGGACGCCGACAGCACCGCCAGGAACCACGGACGAAGAGCGUACUGGUCCUACCAGCGACUGUUCCCUGCGGAGGCCGAGCUGCUGUUCGAGCGGCUGGAUGCUGCGGCCCAGAAGCAACUCGAGCGGGAGAGGAACGUCGGCAACGUCGGCAGCCUCGACGGACUACAGCGACUCGGCACGGAGAGGAGAGCCGCCGCCUGCAGCCCGCGCAGCCCGUCGGCCAGCGUGUCAGCCCCGGAGCGCGGCGGGCGGUCGGUGUCGGCGGUGGACGCGGCGGCGGCGCAGCGGGCCCGCGCGCGCGCGCUGUACUCGCACAUGGGCCGCACGCGCACGCACGCCGCCACCGCCAGCCUGCCUCGAGCGAAGAGAUCUCCGGUGGGCGCAGCGGCCGCCGUCCCGCCCAGCCCCGAGCGCGGCGCCGGCCGGUCGCGCUCCCGGCCCGGCGUGUCGCAGUCGCAGCCCACGUCGCGCUCGGCGUCCCCGUCCGGCCGCGCGCCCGGCCCCGCCUCGCUGCACGCCGCGCGCCGCCGACCCUCCGGCAUCCCGCGCUCGCUCGCCGGCUCCAGGGAGACCAGCCCCACCAGGAGCGGCAGGUCGAGCAGCGGGGUGAGACGGCGGGAGUCGAUGGAGAGGACGGCGCCCAGCCGCGCCCCGGCACACACGCUGCGCCUGCUGCAGCAGACCAGGGACGCCGAGGCCGCGCUCAGGAGUCCAGAGGACAGUUCGGCAUGCGAGGGCGGGAGAGGAAGGGACGACGAUUCCGAAGCCUCCAGCGUUUGUUCCGAGAGGAGUCUAGACUCGUACAGGAGACACGAUAGCAUGUCGUGGUCGGGCUCCGGGGCGCGCCUCGGCUGGGAGGGCUCCCCCCCUCCUCCUCCGCCGGCCGAUGACAUCAUCGUGCUGUGCUCUUCCACGCACUGGACCGAACGGAAGGAUGGACUCACGCAUCUUGCGAACUACCUCAACAGCGGGCGCCUGCUGACGGACGAGCAGCUGCGGCGCCUCACGGAGCUGUUGAACAAAAUGUUCGUGGACGCUCACACCAAGGUGUUCUCCCUGCUGCUGGACGCCGUCUGCGAGCUGCUCCUCGUGCACUGGCAGCAGCUCAAGGACUGGCUGUACCAGCUCAUGUUCAGACUACUGAUGAAACUCGGCACUGACAUCCUCGGCUCGGUGCAGAGCAAGAUAAUGAAGACACUAGACGUCAUACACGAGUGCUUCCCCGCUGAGCUGCAGCUACACAACAUAUUCAGGUUCCUGUCGGACGGCGCCGCGGCUCCCCCCGCGCGUACCCGCGCCGCCGCGCUGCGAUUCCUGGCCGAGCUGGCGCUGCACUACUGCACGCCCGGCGCGCUGGCGCUCGCGCUUCAGGGCGGCGGCGGCGGCGUGGCGGGGCGCGGCGUGGCCAAGGUGUGCGCGUUGGCGGCCGACCCCCGCGCGGGCGACGUGCGGACCGCCGCGCGCCGCGCGCUCGCCGCACUGUACGACUGCAGCCCGGCGCACUUCACAGCCUUGAUGAGCGAGCUACCAGCGGAAACGCAGACAUUCGUCAACGGUAUAGUGCAGCAACACGUCAGAAGAACAUCUAGCACCGGCAGCGACAGUCCGCUGCGCACGGCAAGCUCCGCGUCCAACAACGAGGACGUCCUCUCCCGCAUCAGGAAAACGACGUCGGAGAUACACUCCUACACCGCGCACCAUUCUAACGCGGAGUGCGGCAACUACACAUCGAGUAAAGACUCCGGUAUCAGUCAGAUGUCGGACCUCACGCUGGGGAACAAGGGGCACAACGGAGUGCCUAAUGGUCAUGCAGAGGCAAUAGGACGUGCCGCUUCAGCAGACAGUUCCGAAGAGGCGAACAGCACUAAAGAAUCGUCGCCCAUCCCGGGACACAACCGGCUCGACUACCAACUGCAACACGGGGACUACACCGGCAGUCAGCUGGGACGCGACAAGGCCAGGCCCUACGAGGUGGACGAGCACGGAUACAUCAUCACUAAAUGUGGAUUGGGCGAGGAGGCGGUGCUGGAGGCUCUGUGUGCGCUGGACGCCGUGACGUCACCGCCCGAGCGCUGGGAGCAGCUGCUGCUGGCCGCGCACGAGCUGCUCAAGUACGGGGACUGCUCCAAGCCCAAGGAAUACUUCAAGAACAUAGUUCGUGUAGCGCUGGCGGCGCUCUCCAUCGAGGACAACUCCGGGGACAAGGAGAACACUGAAAACGCGACCAACGCGCACCAGACAUCCGGCUGGGGGACGGCGAACGAGCGAGCAGCCGCCGAAGCCGUAAAGGUUCUGAUCUGGUUGUGCCGCAGGCCAGAGACCAGACCCCAGUGGCAAGAGUACUUCGAUCUCAUCCUACUGAAGCUCAUCCAGGCCUACGAGUCUCUGAACAAGGAGGUGAUGCGGGCGGUGGAGGCCGGCAUGCCGCACAUCGCUAGGGCGCUGCCCGCGCUGCAGGUGCUCGCCCUGCUGAAGCCAGUGAUCCGCACGCGUGGCUACCCGACCUCCCUGUGCGCCCUCAAGCUCGCCGGAGAGGUCGCCAAGGCGCGCCCCCACGAGCUCACCGACGACAUCGUGCAGCAACUCAUGGAGGGGGUCAGCCAGCUGGCGGACCACCAGAACUCCGCGGUGCGCAAGGCGGCCGUGUUCUGCAUGGUGGCCUUCACGUUCGCGCUGGGCGAGGCGCGCAUGCAGCCGCACCUCACGCACCUCUCCGUCAGCAAGUACCGCCUCUUGCAGGUGACCACACAACGCGCUCUCUCAUACAUGCCUGAACUAAGAUAUAUGUUCUGGAAAUUACGUGAACUGCAACAGAACAGCAUUGAAAAUUUACACGAACUUUUUAUUUUUUUUUGCUUCAUUUGUUUGGAAAACAAACAGUACAAAACAUAUUUAAAAUGGUAUACAAAAACCAAACAAGUUUCCAUGAUCAACAUCACACAUGAGCGAGAAAGUGAAUAAAGGAAAAAGAAAUAAAAUAAAUUUAAGUUUUUAAAAAAGCAUCCACAUAUAUAUAUUUAUGUAUAUAUAUAUUUCUUAAUAAUACACGUUGGACCUAAUUCACCUUAAAAUAUUCCAAAAUAGCAUUUCUAUAUGCCGCAAGUAAUAAACAAAAGAUGUCAGCUUUGGAGAACUUAGUAUCAUGUACCCUACGUUACUGAUCUACGUAAAAAAAGUUACCAUGUUAUUAGUAAAAAUUAACAAUUGGUUUACGGACUAGCGGGAGUGGAGGAGGCCGGGUCGAAGCACCCUAGCCCUGCCGAGGGAGGGUCAACGUCAACGAUCUUGCAGGCUUAGGCCGCAUCUGACGUUUGCCUUGUGCUUUCUAUGAGUUUAACAAUACGUUUCCACACGCGCCCUCCCUCCCCCCUCCCCUGGAGCCCGCACGUACUCUAUACAAUAAACGUUAUCGCAGGUGUACAUCAGCAAGCAGCGCGAGGAGUCCACCCGACAACAACACGCCAACAGCGCGACAACGACGUAGCGGAGGACGCGGCGCACUCGCACGCGCGCCACGCAGACGUAACACGCGCUCGCCGACCGGUGCUGCCAUCUCUCUCGCUCGGCUGCCGCUCCUCUGCAGCGAGAGGGGGACGGCAGCACGCGCCGCCGCUCGGAUGUGGCGCCCCCGGCCUCAUACAUAUGUCAGUCAUAUACAACAACUGGACAGAGCAUCUCGACUGGAGCACCACAUCUGCACUGUGGAGCCGCGGCCUUCCACAGAGCACCGCGAACCUCCUGAGCUGCUGACGGUAGGGGCGGCGCCACUCCCGCCACCCCCCGCCCGCACACCGGCGCGGACGCGUUGCUCGUCUUGUGUCUAAUUAAAUUUAACAAAAAAAAAUCAAAUUGAUUGUUUCGUUUUAUUAAAGAUUUAACAACAUUUAAUGUAUAUAUAAAUUGUAUAAUAUAAACAAACUCAACACAAGUAACGCGUCUGUAACGCUGCGUCCGCGGUCGGAGCGCCCGGGGACCCCUUCGAUAUUGACUCGUCGCGCAUCUGCUGCUGUCGCGACACGGAACUAUUGAGGUGUUCGUGACGUAACCCUACAAACAGUUGAGGAGUCGACGCGGCCAACGAACCCCAGCGGACCUCCCCAAGGGGCAGGGAACCUGGGGCCGACCGCGCUCUGACUAGAUUAUCGGGAUACAGCCGCCACUUAGAGCGUACACUAAAUUGGGACAACGUGAGUCGUCUGCUUCAAACAGGCGACUCGCAGCGCGCCGGCGGGAUGCUGCACGCAUCCUAACGUUACUAACGAGAUACGGACACGCUCGCUUCCAGCACGCCCCCCCAACCCCCCGCGCCGCCUCCACGGGGUCUUGUACUAACUACAGACAUUCUACGCGAUUUUAUUUGAGAUUAAACUCUUCUCGUCUCUUUCUGGUGGCGUAGUCCGGGGGCGCUCGGUCCUGGGAGUGCUUUACAAAAUACCAAUGAAUAACUAUUCGAUAUCCACAUUGCACCGCGACUUGUAGCGCUCGAAGCUGUCCGCUAAAUCUCACUCCCUGCAUCCUUGAGGUCCGCGUUGAGGCCGACGAGCCUCCCGGUACACUUGUUGUAUUCGUGCGAACACAACAACCGCCGCCGUUAACGGAACAAUUAUUCUGUUGGAAUAAUGUUUCGUUUGAUUCCACGUGGAGUUAGAAACUCUCAAACUUGAUAAUACGCAUUUUAUAUUAUUAAAAGAUAAUUAUUAAUGUUCUUAUUUGUUUUGUGAUUCAUUUAGCGUUAGUGAGCUUUAGUGAUCAUAACUGAGCGUAGCGUAAUUUAUUUAAUUGGCUUUAUAAAAGGAAAACUGUGUUAUACUAAAUAUAAGAUGACGGCAGGUCCAACGCUGCGUUCGUUGAUUCCAACCGGAGGGAGACGCUACCGACAACAUUUAUUAAUUAACAUUUGUAUUAUUUGUACUAUUAUUACUCUUAUUUUCUAAUUUUUUUGUGUUUAUAAUUGUUUUCGAUUAUAUUCGUGAAUAAAAACGAGGAUUUUAAUACA